UUCUCUGCAGCAGCCAAUUCGUGAGUAGUCUCUCCAUUCAUCUCAUCUCUAUUUCUAUGUAUGUAAAAUAUUCAUCUCAAUCAAAUUCUACAAUUCUAGAUUUGUGUUAUCUGUGUUCCGAUUCAUCUCGAGUAUGCUCAUUGCCUCAUUCUUCCUCGCCUUCAAGCCAAACGCAAACGAGACACUUCAACUGCUCCAAUCCAUGUUUGACGUGCUUCCACACGAUAUCACAGUCGAAUGAAACGGUCGAGAUUGCGUCUUCAUCCGGAAAACAGAGGAUCUCUUCACGAUAUUAAGAUCGAUGCAUACAAGGGUUUAGCUUUUCUUCCUAAUUAUACUAGGGCGGCUAGAGCUGGAUCAAUUGUUUCGUUAAAUCUGUUUUGUGGAUGUUCGAGUGAGUUGCGGAACUACCCGAUGGGUUACGUGAUGGGAGAGAGUGAUAGUAUUGAAUCUUUAGCAAUUAGAUUUGGGUCUGGGAAACUUAUUAUUGAAGAUGAUGAUGACAAGGAUGACGAUGAUGAGGAUGUUGAUGACAAAGAUGAAGAUGACGUUGAAGAUAAAUUGUACAGAUUGAUUCAAAUUCCGAUGGCAGGUCAAGUUGAUGCAACUAGCAGAUUAAAGCAAAGCAGAAGCGAGAAAAAGAGCAGGAAGGCAAUGCUUAAGCUUGGAAUGAAGUUCAUUCCUGGUGUCAGCAGAGUUACUGUGAAGAAGAGCAAAAAAACAGAUUUGGAGUUCUAA